GACCCAUUAGCCGCUAUUUGCAUAAUGAUUCUGUUGACCUAAAUUCUCCCCAAAGUUUCGGCUCCCUGCAUCAUCCUUUCCUUCCUGCCCUGUUCUGCUACAAUCCCCUCCUGUCCUCCACUCCGAGGCAUCUCACCGGUCCUGUGGAAGGACAUUUUGUCCAUCCCGGUGUCCAGGUGUGCCCCGACUUUCAGCAGCACCCAGAGAGGGGAGGGGAGGCUCUGGCACAUCCAGAUCACUCCAUAAACUCUCAGCAACCUGGAUGCUGCUUCUCGAUGCAUUCUCCUGCCUGAAUCACCAGCUUUUAUGGUGAUUUUUUUCUCCUGCCUGAAUCACCAGCCCCUCUUCUCCUCCUGCGUUGGGCAAUGACCCGCUUAGAUACACCCCAAAAACACAAAUAAUUACCGAGAUCCUCGGUGUGUAUCCAACCACUUCCCUCCCCUCCCCACCCGGCCGCUUCGGGGUGAUUCUCCCCUCUCCCCAGGCAUCUCUGGGCACGGUAAAAUCAGGGAUGUCUGAAGUUCAUCAUCCCUUUGCUGAGACCCAGAUACCGGGCAGGACUGGUCUGCCGGGAUGUUUUGGCAUCUUCAUCACUGCCAUGAGUUAGCAACAGUUAUCUCCCCGCGCAUCACUUCCUAGAGGAACCCGGGCACUCACCCACGGCCAGCGAGGAUUGGGAAGGCUCUGGAAUGCCGGACAGGCUGGGCAGUGUGGCGGGAACACCUCGGAAGGGAUCCAGCCCUCAAUCCCGGUGCCGGUAUCAACCAGCCUGGCAAAGCUUUGCCAACGCCACGGAUGGUGAAACCGAGCCAUGGGAAAGGUCAAGCGCCUCGCCCGGGGCAAAAAGGCGCUCCCGGAGCCGGGAUUGGCACCGCUGCCCGCCUGCCAGGAGAUCCGGGCCGGGCUCGGGUCCCUCCGCUCGUUAAUUAGCACCGCUCAUUAGCAGCGCUCAUCAGCAUCACCUCCGAGGAGCCGCGAAAGCGCCGGGCCCGGGGAGCAGCAGCAGCCCCCGGAGCGGGGAGAAGCCACUCCCAGGUCCUGCCUCUGCCACGGGGAAACUAUUUAGGGUGGAGGAGCUCGGGGAGGGCUCCAGACGCUGGAGGUGUCCGUUCUGUUAUAGCGCAGGUGGGGCCGACUCCAGCCACAUUCUUGGCUUUGCUCUUGCUAUAUAUAUAUAUAUUUUUUUUUUUUUUUUUUCCGUGGGAAAAAUCCCAAUGCUCCAGAGAUGAGCCAGGCCAGGCCUCGCUAUGCCAUCGAACGUCCUGCCUACUCUGUCAGCCUCUUCGACGAGGAGUUUGAGAAGAAAACCAGAACUUACCCCGUUGGGGAGAAACUGAGAAACCUUUUCAGAUGUUCCACAUCCAGGUUCAAGCUCACCCUCUUCCACCUGUUCCCAAUACUGAGGUGGCUCCCCAAGUACAAAAUCAAGGAUUACAUCCUGCCUGAUGUGCUCGGCGGGAUCAGUGCGGGGACAAUCCAAGUGCCACAAGGGAUGGCCUUCGCCCUCCUGGCCAAUCUGCCUCCUGUCAACGGGCUCUACUCCUCCUUCUUCCCCCUGCUCACCUACUUCUUCCUCGGGGGCAUCCAUCAGAUGGUGCCAGGGACUUUUGCCGUCAUCAGCAUCAUUGUUGGCAACAUCUGCAGCGAGCUGGCUCCCGAGUCCAACUUCCAGGUCUUCAACCACACCACCAACGAGACCAGUGUGAACUCCACGGCCCUGCAGGCGGCCAGGCUGCAGAUCUCUGCCACCCUGGCCUGCCUGACGGCCGUCAUACAGCUGUGCCUGGGCUUCCUGCAGUUUGGCUUCGUGGCCAUCUACCUGUCCGAGUCCUUCAUCAGGGGCUUCAUGACGGCGGCGGGGCUGCAGAUCCUCAUCUCCGUGCUCAAGUACGUCUUCGGCUUGACAGUCCCGUCUUACACCGGGCCCUUAGCUAUCGUCUACACAUUCAUUGACAUUUGUAAAGGUCUGCCCCAAACCAACCUGGCCUCCCUGGUCUACGCCUUGGUCAGCGCUGUGCUCCUGAUCGUCGUCAAGGAGCUCAACCUCAAGUACAUGAAGAAGAUCCGGAUGCCCAUCCCGAUGGAGAUCAUCAUUGUGAUCGUGGCCACCGCAAUCUCCGGCAGCUUCAACAUGCCCGACAAGUAUGGCAUGCCAAUAGUGGGGAAGCUCAGCAUGGGGUUCCCAGAGCCCACCCUGCCCCUGGUCAGCAAGUGGAAGGACAUGGUGGGCACGGCUUUCUCGCUUGCCAUCGUGGGCUACGUGAUCAACCUGGCCAUGGGGAGGACCCUGGCAGCCAAGCAUGGCUACGACGUGGACCCCAACCAGGAAAUGCUGGCCCUGGGCUGCAGCAACUUCUUUGGAUCCUUCUUCAAAAUUCACGUGAUCUGCUGUGCUCUCUCUGUCACCCUCGCCGUGGAUGGGGCAGGAGCGAAAUCCCAAGUGGCAAGUUUUUUUGUGGCUCUGGUGGUCAUGGUGACAAUGCUGUCCCUGGGAAUCUACCUCGAGCCUCUUCCAAAGUCUGUGCUGGGAGCCCUCAUCGCUGUCAACCUGAAAAACUCCCUCAAGCAGCUGGCUGACCCCUUCUACCUGUGGAAGAAGAGCAAGCUGGACUGUCUGGUCUGGCUCGUGAGCUUCUUCUCCGCUUUCUUCCUCAGCCUCCCCUACGGAGUGGCGGUGGGCGUGGGAUUCUCCGUGCUCGUCGUGGUUUUCCACACCCAGUUCCGCAACGGCUCUGCCCUGGGCCAGGUGACUUCCACUGACAUCUACAAGAACCCCAAAACCUACAACAAGGUCCAUGAAGUUAAUGGGAUUAAAAUUGUCACCUACUGCUCGCCGCUGUAUUUCGCCAACUCGGAGAUAUUCCGGGAGAAAAUUAUAGCCAAGACAGGGGUGGAUCCUGGCAAGGUGUACUUGGCCAGGAAGAAAUUUGUGAAACAGCAGGGGAAGGGCACAGCACAACCACCAACAAAGCUCCUAAAAUUCCUGCUGAAGGAGAACAAGACCUUGUCUUUGCAAGAGCUCCAGAAGGACUUUGAGAGUGCUUCUCCAACAGACACCAACAACAACCAGACCACUGCUAACGGUGCCAGCAUCUCCUACAUCACAUUCCGCCCUCCUGCCCCCGGGGCUGGCCCAGGGCAGAGCCCCGGGGAGCUGGGCAGCAGCACCACCCUGCAGGGCAGCACCGACCCUGUGCUGACAGCACCGCCCUACAUCAGCUUCCACACCAUCAUCCUGGAUAUGAGUGGGGUGUGCUUUGUGGACCUGAUGGGCACAAAAGCGCUGAGCAAGUUGUGUUCCAGUUACCAGAAGAUUGGGAUUAAAGUGUUCUUGGCAAACGUGCAAGCCCAGGUGUACAAUGACAUCAGCACAGGGGGAGUCUUUGAGGAAGGAGGCCUGGACCGAAGCCACAUCUUCCUGACCAUCCACGAUGCUGUUUUGUUUGCACUGGCCAGUAUCAGAGAAUUUGUCCACCCGCCCAUCUUGGAAGAGAGGCCGACCCAGACAGAGCUCUCCAUUUAUGACGAGUCUGUGGACGAGGGCAGUGCAGAGUACAAGAACCUGGAGGAGGAGAUGUUUGGGAGCAUGUUCCACUCAGAGACCCAGACAGCUCUGUGAGCACAGCGAGCUGGGCAAACCCUCCAGAGGAAAUUCCUCCUUCCCACCCCUCCGUGGAGAGCUGUGCUUCUGCCUGGGGAUUCGACGGGCUUGCAACGAGGCCAUCACCCUCCAGAACUGCCAAAUCCUCCCUGCUCUGCUCGUGGCACUCGGAGCAAAGGGCUCCAGAGCAGGCAGAGCCAGCUGGGGAAGCAGGAGCUCAGGAGAUGCCAUCUCAUGGAUUGCAGAAGUGGAGCCAGCUGCCUGAACUCCUCUGUCCCUCACCAUCCUUCUGCCCACGCUGGAAUUGCAUCCCCUGGGCAUCCUGCUCCUUGCCUCUCCCUCCUCCCUCUUUCCCCCACGGAGUGAAACAUGAGCAAACACUGAGAGCCCUUCAGGGUUUGCUUCACGAGGUGUGGCAGGGCAGCUCUGCCAGCUGCUGCUGCUCUCUGAUGUGCACUGACCCCCGAAUUUCCCUGCGUGUCUCUCUCCUCUUCUGUGUCCCAGCAUCCCAAAAAACACUGCCUUGGACCAGUGCUGCAUUUCUGACACCCCAAAGACCUCAGGACACUCUCAGCAGGGCUAAAUUCUGCUAAUAUAUUAGCAGAGGCUAUAUAUAUAUAUAGACUUAAUA